UUUUUUUUUCCAUCUUUAUACUAUUUAUUAAACCCAACUGUAUGGUUGCAAGCUAUUGUUGGUUGUCAUGCGCUCAAAUACAAAAUUGAUAUUGAGUUUGAUCAAUCGUGUCGCUGUGCGAUUACCUAUUAAUAGUGGACGAAAAAUUGAAAGCUUGGAACAUGAUCCUAUUGUACAACAAACUGUGGCUGCCAUUAUUGAACUUUCAACUUUCAAAUUAUCGACAAUUGCUAAUGCUCUUGGCUCCGUUCUGGAAAACGUGUCAAAGCAUUAUCAACCAACAACAGUGGAAUAUACUAUACCAAUCGAUGUACUUCAAUCACAACUUUUUAUUCUUCGUUUACUUUCAGCCUGUAUGCAACACCAUUGGAAAAGUUAUAGAGAACAAGCAAGUCAGUUAGCUCAUCAACGUGAAGAAACAGAUGCAGCUGCAGCAGCUAUUGGAGCGGUAGGUGCUGACUCUUCUCCACGUCAAAGUUUGGAUGACUCUUCAACUUAUUCUGUACCAAGAUCGAUGUAUAUCCCUCCUUUGGACGAUGCUUUGGUUUCAUUCAUCUUGUUAUUAAUGAACCGUUUUUUGAUUCAAGUUCAUCAAAUGGAAGAAGCCAAUGAUAAUGAUCUUAGCUAUGAUACUACUAUGACUGCUCCUUCUAUGGAUCCUACUCUUAUUGAAACCAUGUUGGAUAUUUAUAAAGUUGCUGGAAAAGUAUUAUACUAUGUUAGUGCAAGUAACUGGUCUUUCUAUUAUGCGAAAAUCAAGGCUGCUGUACAAGUACUAGGUUCUAUUGGUGAAGGUAUCGAUACCAAUCCUCCUGAUAUUCGAAUGUUGGAAUGUAGUUGUUUAACAAGACCAAGAUUACAUACUGUUUUGACUGAACUUAGCCCUUAUUAUCUUCACAUGAAACGACAAGGCAAACUAUUAUAUUCAAAAAUGAUUCGACGGGCAAUUUGGCGUUGGAUAGAAACUUAUCCAAGUGAAUUUGAACAAGUGUGUGCAAGCGAUAAUCGUUUACUUGGAGGUUCUGAAAUCUUGUUUGAUAUGUGCAGCUCAUCAGCCGAUACGUCCAAGAAAAAAGCAAUCAUGUGGCCACUACAAACUAUUCUUUUAUCAUUAUCUCCUGAUUUAUUAUUACAAGCCUUUUUAGAUAAUCCUUCUUCUCAAAACAGACGGACAAGUUUUCUUGCUACUUUACGAAAAUCUUUGAAAAGUUCAAGAACGGCAGACAUUGCAGCAUUGUGUUAUGUGGAUCUAUGCAAAGCAGCAACUUAUAUUCGACCUAAUGAUGAUUCAGUUCUACACCAUAUUGCAGCAGAUAUAGAUGCGGAUUUAAGGGAAAAGAUAUGGAAUGCAACAAACGAUAAUACUCUAACAACUACUCAUGGUUAUUCAGUCAAUCAACAGGUUCUUACUACUGACUAUUUAUUGGCUCGAUUACGUCUGGAUACAAAAUCAACACUGAUCUCUCUUGUACCCACUUGUUUGGGCGAUCGUGCUCCAAUUCGAUUCAAGUUGGCUCUUGUCAAAUCUUGCCUUGCUAUUGCAGAUGAAGAUAAUCACCUUGCAUGGAAUCCUUCCUUGGAAAAUAUGUAUGAUCCCUUGUGUUCCAUUCUUCGAAAACUAUUUAUUCAAGCUGUUGGUUAUGAACUACGUCCUGGUACUUUACAACAACAAAGAGCUUCCCUUGAUCGACGAGGAAACACAGAACUGAUUCAAGAUAUUUUACGAUUAUACAAAACGGAUCCAUUGCUUGCUUUACUGAAUAAUGAACAAGGCGAUGAAAAUGGAACCAUGAUGUUAUGUAUUGCCAAUUUAUUUCAACAUCAAGAUCACAAUAUACGACAAAAUGCUGUUGACUGUUUAUCCAAAUUACAUAGCAUUGAUGCCAUUCCUUCUUGGGGUUCAUCUACAACUUUAAUGUCAAACUUUUGGUCUAUCUCUUCACAAGUGAUCUUUUCUUUAGCAAGACAAAUGUUAGAUGAAAAGCAAACUGAAGAUGGAAUCAAAUCUCUUUUGAAUCUUGUGAUGAAACUACUCAAAUCUAGAGCUGAAUUUCUUCGGAAACAAAUGGAAUCAACAAAUGAAGGUGUUAGGGAACGAUUACAGGCAUCUAUCUCUUUAGAAAUUGCCUUAUUAGUAUGUUUUUGCUCUCCCAAUCCUGAUAUUUGUUCAGACAGUAUUCGAUGCCUUGGUUUGUUAUGUGACGAAACUGAAUUUGGAAACGAUGGUGAAGAUCCACAAUUGACAGAAAUCACCUAUAUCUGCAACUUGCCUAUUUACUUUGAUCUUGCCUCUGAAGAUUCAGUAUUUCUUGGACGAAAGGCUCAACAAAAACGCAUUCGAAAAUAUCUACGUAUGAUGAAUCGACCUACUCCUGGUAAUUUGGCUGCUUGGGAAGAAGUUUACAAACGAUGGAAAGGAUUGAUGAAACAUAUUCGACAACUGGAUGACAUCAACUCUGAUUUUAACAGCAAUUCCAAAUCAUUACAAUCUGGCAACAAGGAUCGAUCCAUGAGGAAACGCACAGAAAUCGAUGAUGAAAAACCUACCGAAUGGCAAAAUUAUACUGGCUUCUUAGCAUCCCUUGGUAUAUGUUGUUUGGCCAAUGAAGACACAUCUACAGGAUAUGAUACUGGUCGCAGCUCUUAUUCUGAUGAAUCAACGGUACACAGCAAUGGUCCUAUUCAUUCAUCUUCUCCUAGUGAACCAUAUAGGAUGGUUGAUCGAUUUAUGGCAGAAAUGACCGAACUCCUAGUCUCUGAUAAUGUGUUUAUUCGUGAAGGUGCCAAGGAUGCACUGGGUAAUGAUCUGUCUCCUACUCUAUAUGCAAAUCUUUUCCGACAUUUGAUGUCCAUGACUGGCAAAUUAUUUAUGGACAAUGAACCUGUUGGUGGUACGACCAAUAUUUUAUUUGUGGAACAAGCUGCAUUGGUACUCAAGUUGAUUUUGGAGCGUUUGGUCGACCCUAGUGAUUGUUUGAUGAAUAUUGAAUUUGGUGCUUUUGUUCUCCAUUUUACUCGCUAUGUUGAUGCUCUUCCUGAUACCUAUGUAAAUUUACGGGUCAAAAUCAACAUUUGCAAUUUGGUGGAAGCCUGUUUAUUCAAGAAAGAACAAAUCGUGAUUGGAAAUGAAACCCGCUUACGGAAUCAAAUUUUGACUAUUAUUAAAGGUUGGACAAGUGAUUCUAUGACUACAGAUGUGGCAAAUAUGAUGUCUCAACAACAAAAUGACAAAUUACAACGGGAUUUGGAUCAGGCUUGUCUUCGUGCCAUGGUACAACUUUUACAUCAACUUCCUCUACAACCUUUGGAACCUGUUCGUACAACUGAUGCCUUUCAAGUGAAAAGUCGAUUGUUUUAUGGAUAUUUCGAAUUCUUCUUGAAAUUACUUUCUCGUUGUGGUCAAACAGAGUCAUCUCAUGGGAAUAAGGAUACUACUUCUACUAGCAAAGAAAUGGCACCCUUGAAGAAUUAUACAGUCGCUGCUAUGACGAAUUUACUCAAUGCCAACAUUGAUGCAGGUCUCAAAUUCUCCUUGGCAAUGGGUUAUCAUGGUGAUCCAAGUACAAGAACCGCUUUUAUCCAAGUGCUUACCAAUAUUUUGAAUCAAGGAGUGGAAUUUGACACUUUGGCUGAAAAUGUGACUACAGAUCGUUAUGAUAGAUUAUUAGAUAUGCUUGUGGAAUCAGAUAUGGAAAUUGCUUUAUCACUAUGUGAAGUUUGUCCUUCCAUGGAUACAACUGGACUUGCUGAAGUACUUUUGGCUUGUUUUGAAUCAAGGCGCAAGGAACUUAUGUUGAUGAAGGCUGUUAUAGAAAAAGAAGUGGCUACAACGGAACAAGAAGCAACAUUGUUACGUGGUACGACAAUGGGAAUCAAGCUUAUAUCAACUUUUGCCAAAACUCUUUGUUGGGAUUACCUUCGAAAAACUCUUCAACCGGUGCUGGAAGCUAUCAACGAAUGGAAUGAUGAUGAAAUUGCAUUUGAAUUGGACCCACGCAAGUUUGCUUCAGGUGAUGAUUUGAAUCGAAACAAGGCCAAUGUGAUCCGUACCACUGAAUUACUACUAGACGCUAUUUGUACUUCUGCUGAUGAUGCUCCAAAAGCUUUUCGACAGGAGCUACAUUUAAUUGUUGAAGCAGUACGAAAACGAUUUCCCGAAGCUAAAUAUACUGCUGUUGGUGGUGUGGUGAUCCUACGACUAUUCGGUCCUGCUAUUGUCUCACCAGAACAUGCUGGAUUUGCCAGGACAGCUAUACCCAGAAACAACAAGGUUCGAAAACUUCUUCUUCAAGCUACACGUGUGAUUCAAAAUCUUGCCAGCAAUAUUCUCUUUGGAUCCAAGGAAACACAUAUGAUUGUCCUGAAUGACUUUUUAACCAACAAUAUAUACCGAGUCACCAGCUUUUUACGUGAAAUAUCAUCUUUACCGAAAGAAUCUGAUAAUGAAGAACUCUGCAACACAGUACGCAUGGAUCAAAAUGGAUAUAUUCGACUACAUCGCUAUCUUUCUGAUAACAUCGAACGUAUGUCUCGUGAUCUAUCUAGUCGACGAGCGAAGAAUUCAUCUACUGGAAACACACAAUCGUUGCUGGAUUUGAAACGUACUAUGGAUCGACUUUCCAACCUUUUGGCACAAUUGGGUCAACCAUCUGAAAUAUCUGAUUAUAGUGUGACUCAUUCUCGACGAUCUACCAAUACAGUUGCUGAUCAACAGUUCAACGAAUUUAUGAAACGAAAUGCUCAUAGUGAUACAUCUGGUGUUAGUUCUACCAACUUUUUCUUUCUUGGUGGUACCUCCAAAGCUGGACAUCCCGUUUUUUACCUUAUUUCUCGAAACAUUGAUGCAGAAUAUAUGGAUUUUGAAUUAGCCACUUAUUACAUGCUCAAGGUGAUGGAGCCCCAUUUAAGCAGUCCCUUUGAACUUCUAUUUGACUUGACUUACUUUGAUUCAGGAUGCGAAUUUCCUACCCAUUGGUUAUCCCUUUUCUUUCAAUUGAUCGGUAAUUGGUUAAAUGAUUAUCUGGUGUGUCUUAAUCUAUACAACCCUAACACUCAUCUACGGUCCUAUAUGCGGCGUUUCCCUCGGGCAAUUCUAAAUAAACUGGUCAAGCGGAUCAGAUUUGUGUUGACUCUAUCAGAUUUAUAUGAACGUAUUCCUCCUAGUGAACUACGUAUUCCCAAAUAUACUGCCGAAAUCGAAAAGGAACCUGCCACUGUAUUCUAUCCUGUUACGAGACAGACCAAUCUCAAAUCAACUUUACCUGUCACUGUCAAGAUCAGUACAGAACAUAUUCAAAUUAUUACGGUUCGACCUAUUGAUCUUGUUUCAAACUUUAAUACUGUGUUGAAGGAUAUAUACCAUAUAUCGGUUCUUGAAGAUAUCAAAGCAUUACCUAAUUCCAAACAGGAUAACGUUGGUGAAUUAUCAUUCAAGUAUGAACAUGGCAAGGCGGCAAUGGUAUUAUCUAGUCCAAAGCGUGAUUCGAUGUUGGCUCUCUUACGGUACAACAAGCAAAAUUAUGAAAGAAAUAAACCUGGUGGUAUUCAUGAACGACCCUUACGACCAAGUGAUGUACCUGGACGUCUACUCAGCAUGGCAUUACUCAAUAUUGGACAUGAAGAUCCUGCUAUUCGAUUAGCAUCUUAUAAUCUUCUGCAUUCACUUAGCAUCACUUUCCGGUUCGAUCUUUCCAAUCAACUACUCAAUGCCCAAGAUCUUUGUAUACCAGCGAAUAGCACCGACUUUUUAAUCAGUAUCAGUGAACGAUUAGCAGCCUCUGAACCUCAACUUACUCUGGACUUUUUAAGUGAAUGCUUAAUUGGUUUCCACAAAUCAUCUGAAUCAAUGCGACAGCUAUGUUUGGAUUAUGCUUCUCCAUGGUUACGAAAUCUUGCCAUUUUCAUUCGACAUACACCUGAUGAUCAUAACAAGAAUUUAUCCAAAGCGACGGAUAUUAUUAGACUUAUGAUUGAACUGACAGUCAGUUAUCCCGAUAUGUAUAAACAUGUACAAGCGAAAAUUUGGAAACCUUUGGGAAAAGUGGACGAUAUUAUCAAUGUCAUCUUGGACUCAUUUAUUCAAUUUGCUGUGGAACAUGGUGUUGGAUCACCUCAAGCAGAAGCCAUGGCUGAUACUUUUGUUACUCUAUCAAGUGUUACUGUGCGUGGUAAAGUGAUUAGUCGACUGAGAAAGGUUUUACAAUGUACUUCUCUACGACCUUGUCGACAUCUCACCGAUCAUCCUGCUUGGACAGAAAUCAUCAUCUUACUUCGAUUCAUUUUGAUGCUUUCAUUUAAUAACGCUAGUCCCGUCAAACCACAUUUACCUGAACUAUUUCAUAUUGUGUCUCUCUUGGUUGGAAAUGGGUCAGUCAUGGUUCGUGCGUCUGUACAUGAAUUAGUUGUCAACAUCAUUCAUACUCUAUGUACAGCUACCUCAUUACCUGAUGAUCAAGUUCAGAAACUUCAUUUUAUUCUCAAUGAUCUAUGUGACAGUAAGAAUCGAAUUUACUUUGGACUUACAAAACAUCAUACCAGUUCUCUUACCAUUAAUUCGGAUACAAUGACUGAUCAUUUUGGUGCAAUGAACCUUUCCUCACUUGAAAGCAUGAUUCGACUCUUAUUGGAGGCCUUACAUUUCGGUGCACCAUCUAUUGAUAUUGCAAAUAUGUGGCGAGCAAGAUGGAUGGGACUUAUCACUAGUACAGCAUUCCAAUUCAAUCCAGCUAUUCAACCACGAUCAUUUGUUGCUUUGGGUUGUCUUGCAACAGAUGAAGUAGAUGAUGAUCUUAUUUAUCAGAUUUUGGUGGCAUUACGAGGUGCACUUGCUAUUUUUAACGAAACAGAUGCCAGUUUGAUUAUCAGCAUUAUGAUGUGUCUCAGCAAUAUCAUUGACAAUUUACCAAGUAGUUCACGUUACCUUCAUCCGAUCUUUUGGUUGGCCAUUUCUCUUGUGGAAAUGAAUCAUCCUGCUACGUUUAAGACUGCUGUACGAUUUAUGCAAUCUGUGCUUCGGGCUCUCGAUCGUCACAAAUUCUUUAUUCAACGACCUAUGGCUGAAUUCUUAUUGGAGACUCGUGCGCCACUGUCAGAUGUUUCUCGUGAAUUGGACUUUGUGAAUGGGAUCAGUUUUGAUAAUCAUUUCUCCUUUGCUGUGGCCGGCAUUCUUUUCAAGGGCGUACAACAACAAAAAAGCAACAAUAAUAAUAACAGCAAUAACAAUAGCAACGGUAACAACAAUAACAACAACGGCAACAAUGACUCGGAAAGCGAUAUGGAUGUGGUUUACGAAUGUUUAACGACGUUUUUGGAAAUUGAUUGCAAACGAUGCUUAGAACAGCAAAAUACUGUGGAAGCGAAAUCAUUGGGAUACCUUGUGGGUUUAUUACCAUUGGCAUCCAGGAACAAUGCUCUACGAGAACUUUUACGAUUGGCUGGUAUCAACGAUGUGGAUCUGGAUGGAAUCAAUUUCUGGUCAGGAGCUGCUCUAGGUUUUGGUGCUGGUGGAGGAGGAGGAGGAGGAAUAGGAAUGUCUGCCAUUCCAGGUAUUCCCAACGGUACUGCUGGUAGGAGUGGACUCAUAGGUCAUCUUCGUAUCUUUGAUGCUUUGGAAAUUCCUGAUAAUACAACGGCUCUUCUUUUGGUAUCCUUCCUGGUGACAAUGCUUAACACGGCGGAAAAUGAAGCUGAACGAUUAUUCUUGUAUUCAUUCCUUUCUGAAGCCUCAGUGUCGAUUCCUGAAGUAUUUGCUUUGGUCUAUGAAUCUCUUUUACCCAAGAUGAAUCAAAUGGCCAUCAGUAGUCAGAACUAUGCUGUGAUUGAUGCUGUCAAAGGAAUCCUGAUGACGGCAUGUUCGGAACCGGCGUUUUAUCAACCUAUCAAUCGAAAAAGUCAAAAGGCAUAUUUGGAUGAAUUAGGUUUCUCUGCUCUUGGUGAUCCUUCCUUUGGUGCUUCCAAGACAAAUGUUGCAACCAAUGCUCAAUUGAUCAGCAAGUUAUUAGAACGAAUUACUGACUAGACAUAUAGAAAUGGGAUUAGAACAAAGUUGGAUACCGUUAUUGUUAUCGUAUUUUUUUUUUCUUAGUAUUUUUUUUUUUUUUUUU